CAAGGAGUGGUUAGGUUUGUCGAUAUUAAUUGCAUUAUCGUAUUUAAAAUGGUUUGUUCCCAGGCCGCCGAAGAGCCGCUUGAUUACUUAUUCAAUACUCCCACCGCGAGCUCGACAAGGAGAGAAGAUGCCGCUAAUGGUUCUCGAGGGCGUCAAGUAGGUAACACUGAUGCUAAGAAAAACGUUGAAUUUGGAGAACAGUGUCACGCGCGCGGCUUAAAGAAAUACCAGAAAAUUCGUUCAACGAAAAUAAAUCUUCGUCGAGGGUACAAUAGAAAUAAAAGAAAUUGCACAAAAAACAGCGUCAAAGUAAAUACGUGGACAGCUGAGAAGGGAAGAGGCAGUCUUGUGGCGGCUUUUGACGAACGACACACGUCUUCAAAAUUCAGCGGACCUUACACACAACGAAGACCAUAUUCAGGAAUAGUAAAGUUUCUUCUCGUCGUAGUUAUCAUGGGUUCUUUGCCAGGGAUCGAUCCCUCAGAACUAUCAGACACUGUAUGCAAAUUCAUCGAACAUAAAGACAAUUGCGCAAGCAAACUAGCAGUAGACAGCACAAAUCUUGUACCUGGAAAACUUUACUGUCCCGGAGAAUUUGACAACUACAUGUGUUGGCCACAUGGAGAACCAGGUCAGAUUGCAAAAGGACCAUGUCCUAAUUUAUACCGCAAUCAAAAUAAUACAAAGUUUGGAUUUCGAUUUUGUCAAGAAAAUGGUUCAUGGUAUAACGCAUGGGAUCACGAGUUGUCGCAAUACGUCGUAUGGCGGCACAUUGACCACUGCGACCCGUUCAAAUCAAAUGAAAACGAAACUGACACACUUGAUGAUACUGACGAGGGCGAGACUCAACUGCUUUCAAACUUUCGAAUCAUGUACAGCGUGGGAUACGGAGUUUCAUUAGUCUGUCUUGUCAUUGCGUUGCUCUUGCUAGCGUUUUUCAAAAAACUUCACUGCACGCGAAAUUACAUUCACAUGAACUUGAUGAUAUCUUUCAUUAUACGAUACGUCGUAAUUUUAAUCAAGGAUAGCGUUCUCACGGCGCAUUACAGACUUGACGGUCUUACAGAUGUAGCAAGCGCUUUGGAUUUUGAUCAAAUGAGACAGUACUGUCAUGAAUACAAUACGACAGGUUGGGUUCUGACUCGAUGUCGUCUGGCCGUAACCUUGAUGCAUUACGCAAUUACUGCUAACUACUUUUGGUUGCUUGCUGAAGGACUAUACUUACAAAUGCUCUUGGUAUUUGUCAUGUCGGAGCACAAAUACUUCGCUGGUUUCCUGGCUUUCGGCUGGGGGGCUCCUUGGAUAUCUGUAUUAAUUUGGGUGGCUUUGCGUAUGAAUUAUGAAAACAGUGGCUGCUUUGACAUGAACGAUGAAAUGCAUAUUUGGUGGACGAUACGAGUACCGAUAAUAAUCUCUAUCGUGAUCAACUGCUUCAUUUUCGUGAACAUCGUUCGUCUAAUUGUAUCAAAGCUGCAGGCUCAUAACAUGGCACACACGGAUAUGAAGCUGAGACUCGCUAAGUCGACGCUAGCCCUCAUUCCUCUACUCGGAAUGCAUUACAUAGUAUUUCUCGCACUCACUGAUGAAGUCACUGAAAAGCAGGGAACUACUAUCCAUUUAAAACUUGCAUUCGAAAUGUUUUUGAGUUCAAUUCAGGGUACCUUCGUUUCCGUACUUUACUGUUUUUUGAAUGGCGAAGUUCAAACAGAAGUGCGCAAAGCUUGGCGAGAUUGGAGAACCAGAAAAGACCUUCCGAAAGGAGCUUGCAAUUUACGGAAAGGCUCAACAAUAAACAGUGCUAACCAAACUACACAAGUGACGUUUUUUUCACGGCAUUCUACCACUGGCGCGGAUAUUACUAUACAAGAUCCCUGUCACAAUUCACCCAAUUCAGUUCGCCUAGAACUUGACAGUAGAGCAAAUUCAAUAGUACGGAAAAACAGCAAUGUAUCGGAUUCAAAACAACUGAAAGGCGAAACUUGUAACGGAAAUGGGAUAUUGCUGGAUGCAAAAAAGAAGCAAAUAUACUACGAACCGAUAAACAGAAAUAACAAUUCAAUGAUUACAGAUUCUUCUCCGUUACCUAACUCAAACGGAAACGAAACAAAUGGCAACAUAGAAUGCCAAGAUAACGAACCUUUUCUACAAGAAGACAUUGUCUGAAAAUCAUGUAUUAAUUUGCAAAUCUAGAAUGUGAGCCGCUAAAGACAUGCGAGGCUGAGCGAACGCGAUUGCAUACGCCACCGUUGUUUGAUACAUGUACUUGUAUGUAAAUUUUUCAAGUAUGGAUCACAAUCGGCCAUGGCGCGAGCAUGGAAUAUAUGUGGCCAUAUCUCGUCUCACAACAAUAUUCCGGUGAUUUGAAUUUAAUUGGGAAUGUGGAAAAUAUUUAUAUCGAUGUAUCAAACUUGUGUCUUCUUUUACUCGUAACAAUUAUUUUAUAUAUUUUUCACCAAUUUUCUUUUAUUCAACAUUUUCCCAAGCUAUCGCCAUUCCAACUAAUUGUAUUUAUAUUUAAGUUCUUUAAAAUUACGACUCAGUGAAAACACUUGGUUGCGUAAUAUGUGCGCACUGCAUAUACGAAAACACACGCAUUGUUCAGCAAAGUUACUUCAAAUAGGCUAAACCUCGAAGCGAAUUCACAAACCGAAAUUGGCUCUUUGGCAUCAUCAAUUUAAUGCUCAUACCAAUCAACCUUGCCUGUUUGUUUUAAACACUAAGUUGGUCUCCAAGUCAUCAUAACAGCUAUCAAUUAUGUCGUUUUUUAGGAAAAGAAACGUGGUUUAUUUCUGCCAUUCGUUGAUAUUUCACAGCCAAGUGGAACCCAGUAUCAAAAUAUUCAGAUAUAGUUCGCUAAUGAGGCACUCCUGUUAAGCGACCAAUCCACAAAAAGAUUUGGCCUUAACUAAACUCACAGUUUGUUCUAUAUCUUCAAGUUAUUAUUUGCAACCGUGAAUUUUUGUUUUGGCUGUAUAAUAUUUAUUUAAGUUAUUGGAACUGAAACUGCGUUUACAGCAUCGUCUUUUGUUUACAAAAUUCAAAAAUUCCCUCCUCAUCAAAUGCAUGAAGCUUCAUGCAGUAUGUAAGAAAAAGCACUGUGAGCGUGAACAUUUAGUAAGUGUUAUUUCAAUAUUAUGUUUUGUUUUUCUGAAAUACAAGACAAUAACUCGUUUGUUCAAUUUUUCAUCGUCAUGGUAAUUUACUUUUAUUAUUUUAAAUUCAAAAAUUUGUUCCUAUUUUGCAUUUCAAGUUGUGAGUAGUUCAUCCCACCACAUAUUAAAUUGAAAAAAAGUAUACUAAACAAAAACAGAUUACACUUGUUUUGUUGUUCCAUAUAUUUUUAAAUAUAUGUGUUGAAGUCACUCAGAUGUCAACCGUAAACAAUGAGGACAUUUCGACGUUCCUAGUUAUGUACGCUCAUGGCUUCGAAAAUGAGUUCUGUCGUAUUAUUACAAAACUUAAAUAUCAUCAAAAUAGUUCGGGGCAGAAAGUUUUAUUACGAUAAUCAUGGAUAAUGAGUUUCGGAGAUGCACCAAACAAUUUAUUUUCCUCUAUUACCAUAAAAAUACAUCUUGAGUGAACUUUAAUCCCAAUCGUCUUCUACCUUUUUGAAUUUCCUACAAUGUUCGGCAUAGCUAUAGACAGACAAUAUCGACGACUAAAAUACUUUGUACGAUUGUACAAAAAAAUUAUAUAUUUCAAGUGAAUAUUAUUGAAGCAUGGACAAGCAAUCGCCAACGCGAUGAGCGAUAAAUACAUUACAUGUGUGUUAGAAGAUAUCAGUUGACGCAAAACUAGGUUUAGUCAAGUUUAAGAAGAAAACGUUGGAAUGCUCGAUGAUAUGAUCAGACUUUACCGUAAAUAUAGCCGAUAAACGAGUCCGAAAAGACAUGAACAAGUUCGUAUAUGGAAGCCCUAAAGCAUAAUUUGUAUAUAUUCAUUUUGUGUUGAAACUUUGAAGCUUUUGAAUCUUUAAAAAGAAGACUGCACCCGAAUCCUAGUCAUAAAGUGAGCAUAUUCUUCCACUGAAUCAAUAAGUGAAAAAUUUGAGUACUAAUUUUUUGAAAAUUAUUUUAGAAAUAUUGUCCAAAUAAAAAUUCUCCUCUUG